UGGGAGCUGCAGGGACCCCCCUAACUCUGUGCUGUCCCUCUCCACAGCUGAGCUGUCCCCGUGCCUGUCCCCAGAGGAGCCGAGGGCGGCCCCGCCGAGCCCCGGGCGCCGCUGCUGCCCUGCGGGCAGGAACGAUGCUCCGUGCCGGGAGGGAAGGGGCUGCGGGCACAGCCCCGGCUCCUGCCCGCCGGCCGUGCUGCAGCGCCCUCCUGCUGCUGGCCGUGUGCGCGAGUGCCACCGCUGUGCCCUGCGGCCGGGCCGCUCUGCCCGCUGUGCCCUGCGCUGCCCCGGGCUCCUCAGCCUCCCGGCGAGGCCCGGCUGACACUCUGGGGACACGGACUGCGGCCACAGGGACAUCUCGGACCUCCCUGCAGCAGCAGCCUGGCUGUGGGGACAGGGAAGGGCUCAGGCUGGGCACAGCAGGGGCUGUCACGCUGUGCCCUGCACGGUGGCCUGGCAAAAGGGUGCCUGCUGCCUCAGCUGGGCUCUCCCAGCCCGAGGGUGUCCCCAGCCCUGGCUCCUGGUGUUCCCUUGCUCGGAGAGGCCUCCACAGAGCAGCCCCAGGCUCCCGUGGUGGCACCCUGAUGGCAGCAGUGGCUGCAGCUGGUGGCCUGGGGCAGCCAGUGGGCACAGCAGAGCCCCCGAGCCCAGAGAGGGGCUCUGAGGCCACCUCCAGAGCUGGCAGUGAGCCCGCUGCUGGGCUCCCUGCCACCUCCCAGCUGUGGCUGCACCCUCCUGCCCUCCCCAUGGCUGCUGCUGGCCCCUCUGCAGGGGCUGCAGUGGCACAGGUGGCACCCAACCAGCCGGUGCCACUGCCAGGGGUGGCCGUGGGGUCUCGGCUCCCACCCGGUGUCCCUGCAUGGGCCCCGAUGGGUGCUGGCUCCUGGAGCCCCAGCACAGCAGAGCAGGUGGUGGCCUCUGCUGUGCCAGCACAAGGGACACCCAGCAGGGCCCAGCUGAGCCCUGGCAUGGUGGGGGUGCCCCCUGCCCUGGCACCAGAGGGGCUCGGGGGCACUGCUGGCACUGCCCUGCCGGGGGCAGCUGCUCCCUUGGGGGAUGCUGUGUUGGCCCAGCUUCCAGGCAAUGGCUCUGGACUCCUGGAUGCCCUCCUGGCAUCACUUCCUGCCACUGCUGCAGCUCCUGGUGCCCACAGUCAGCACCUGCUGGCUUCUUCCCUGCCCACGGUGACAUCGGGGGCUCCUGCUGUCACCUUGGGGACACAGAGUGAGUGGCCUUUUGGCCCUGCACAGCCCGUGCCCACUGGAGCCUCCCCAGUGCAGCCCAGGGCUCCCAGCCCUGCAGGUCCCAGCGUGCCUGGGCUGAGCCCCACAGCCCCUGGUGUCACCCCAGAGCUGGGACAGACGUUUGUGACGGAAGGGUCCAGGCACAGCCAGCCCAGGCCAGCAUCAGUGGGAGCUGUUUCCUCUCCAGCAGCACCCCCAGGGCCCAGCCCUGCCAGCCCAGGCUCUGUGCCUCCCCCCUGCUCCCCAGAGCCAGCUCUGCAGCGUGGCUCUGAGCCUGGGCACCGCAUUGCCCCCAGCAGCAGCGUGCCAUCUCCAUCCUGCCUGCCCGCCUCUCCUGCAGCUGGGCACGCAGCCAGCUCCCUGCUCAGCUCCCCGAGCCUGCCUGUGCCCACAGCAGGGCCCCUCCAUGCCCUGGCUGUGUCCCGUGGCUCCAGCCCUUCCCAGCACUCCUGCACAGCCACGGAGCAGCUCCCUGCAGCCUCCAGAGUGGCCUCCAGCCCAGCUGAGCAGAUGCCAAGGGGCAGACCUGGCUCCACAGGGAUGGAAUGCCCUGCGUGCCACCCCUGCAGCCUCCCCUUGCCCACCCAGCCUGUGCACGUGCUGCCCUUGCAAUUCCGCCUGCUGGGCAUGGCUUUCUGCCCGGCUCUGGGCAGCAGGGAUUCAGAGAGCUACCGGCAGCUGGAGAGAGAUGUGACACUGCUGCUCAACCAGAUGCUGUCCAGCUACAAGAGCUUCCUGCAGGCCAAUGUCCUUGAGUUCCUGAAUGGCUCCGUGGUGGUGCGAGGGGAGGUUCUGUUCCGGGGGGAUGCUCCUGCUCCCACCAACUCCCACCUCAUCCGCACCGUGGUCACAGAGGCCAGCAAGGGAAGGAGCAUGUUCAGCUGGCAGCUGGAGCCCCAGUCUGUCCUGUCUGGUGGCUUCAGCCUGGAGAACCUGGAGCCCGAGAAGCUGUCCAUCUCCCUCGCUGGCCCCCAGCUUGGCAUGGGCAGGAUGGAUCCUCUGGAGAGGCUGGCCGGGGAGGUGACUGCAGCUGUCAGUGCCCUCUACGACGUGAGGAACUUCACCAUCUCCCAGCUCAGGAACCUGGGUGAGAACACGGAGGUCACUGGAGACCUCUACCUGGACACAGUUGUCCAUGCUGACCUGAUGGAGGUUCUGGAAGCCCUGGCUGCGCUCUCUGGCCUCUCCAUGGGCCUGAGCUCCCUUUCGGUGGAGGGCUCCAGGCUGGCUCUGCACGUGUACCCUCUGUCCCUGCUGGUCACCAACAGACACUUCAGGCAGGAGCUUCAGGACCCGCUCUCUGCAGAGCACCACGAGCUCUCCAGGGACCUCGGCGAUGCGGUGGUGGGAGCCCUGAGGGAUUAUCCAUCCUUCCUGACAGCGAUCAUAAAAGAAUUCCUGCCUGGCUCCUUGAUCUGCCACGGGCAGCUGAUCUUCCGUCCCCCUGCCCCACCCAGCGUGGAGGUUCUGAAGACACUGGUGCGCUCGGUUGGGCCAGACCAGGCUCUGGCUGGCUCUGACUUCCACGUGGAUCCCCACUCUCUCUCGGUGGGAGGGGGUGGCUGGCAGCCCGUGGGGCAGCGCUGGCUGCUCCAGGCUCUCCCUGCUGUGCUCUGCUCCAGAGGACACCCUGGAGCCUGCCACGCCCCAGCCGGGCUCCCCAGCCUCCGGAGUGUCCUUGGUGGCCAUCGGGGGCCUCUGCAUCGUGGUUGUGCCCGUCGUGCUCGUGUGCCUGGGCACCAAGAGGCUGGCUGGAAGAGCCCUUCGGGACAGAAGAGACCCUCAAGUGGGGAUCCAGACAUUGGAAAUGGAGAACCAGGGCUUCUGGACAGAGGGACCCUGAGGAUGGUCACUUGGAAUGGCAAAACACUUCUGCCUGAGGAGAGCAGCAGCAGCAGCUGGGGGGAGCUUGGAGAGGGGCUGUAGGUGGGAAGGAGAUGCUGAGAAGCUCUCCCUGACCCUGUGGCAGCACCUGCCAGCUGCUCCCUGAGCAGAAUGCAGACUCGGGUGUGUAAGGGAAUCAUUUUGUGUCUUAAAUAAACUGUUUGUAGAGCAUGAAACCCAGUUGUGAAGGAUGUGUGUCUGCUGUGGGCGUGGUGCUGACCCAACCUCCCUGCUGGGCUCCCGGUGCCAGCCCAGCCCUGUGCUGCUGCUGUGCCUGGUGCUGCCAGCUGGGCUGCUCCUCUCCAGCUCUGGGACAACAGCCCUAGUGCUGGGGAGUUAAAACAGCAAGGUGUGCAUGCCAGCCCCACAGUCACUUUCCCAGCUCCCGGGUGCUUCCCCUUCCUGCAGGCUGGAUUUUAUUUCAGAUCCUGCUCUGCAGUGUUUGUUCCAGCCCUGACCCUGCCCCUCAGGCUCCAUCUCAGCCCCAGCCCCGCAGUGCUGACUGCAGCCACUGCUGUGGAUGCUCAGAGCCCCAGAGCCUUUAUUUCAGAUCUUUUUGUGCUGCUUUGCCUCUGGCUCUGCAGGCCCUAUUCCAGCCCCAGUGCCCAGAGCUUUAUUUUGCCUUUCCCCAACCACUAUUUUUACUUCCCCUCCAGGCCCGGUGUCUCUAUUUCAGGUAAGCCGAGGGCUUUUAUUUUAGCUCCACAAGCAGAAUUUCAGCCCCAGAUAAGCAUCAUGUCCCCACAAUCUUUAUAAACACACCUCAAUGCGAUCCCAGCUCUGUAGUGCUUCCAGCUCCACUCUCAAAAAUGUAUUUCGCUGACAGCUCUGCCUCUUCCCCCUGCAGCCAGGUGCAGCUGCUCAUGCACCAGAACAGGAUCUUUAUUGCAGGUCGAGCUCUGUGAGGCUUCAGCCCGAGUUCCGAACGCCGCAUUCCC